GGUUCGAAUGAAAACCGUUAAAAGCCGUUAACGAGUGCUGAGGGGACGAGCAGCUGCUUCAGCGUGAACCAUGCGGAUUUUCCAUCUUUCUGUACUUUUAUAAGGAGAUCAUUUACCUGGACGCUAAUUCUGUGUGUUUUCACUUUCUCCACAACACCUUCGUCACAAGUACACAGCAAAACAAACCAGCAGAAACAUCCUCCCCUGGCUUUAUUCAGUAGAUGAAGAUGAGGGAUGUAAUGUGCUUUCUCCUCUUCGUCAUGGCGGCCCUCGGCUCGCAGGCUGUGGCAGGAUGCCCGAGGGUUUGUGAGUGCCCUCCUGAGCGCCCGGUGUGUCCUCCGGGUGUGAGUUUGGUACCUGAUGGCUGCGGGUGUUGUAAGGUUUGUGCCGCUCAGCUAAACCAGGACUGCCACGAGGGCCGGCCAUGUGAUCACCACAAGGGGCUCGAGUGUAAUUACGGCAAUGACGUGGGCAGCACUCGCGGAAUCUGCAGGGCCAAACUGGAAGGCCGCUCGUGUGAGUAUAACGGUCGUAUGUACCAGAAUGGCGAGGACUUCCGCGCAGGAUGUAAGCACCAGUGCACGUGCAUCGACGGUGCUGUGGGCUGCGUGCCACUCUGCCCUACAGAAGUGCUCCUGGCGUCGCCUGAUUGCCCCGCGCCGAGGCUGAUUAAAGUGCCGGGACAGUGCUGCCCGAGUGUGGACUGCCACCGUGACUCCUCAGUGCUGCCCCCUGUCUACAGAGUCCCACAGCCUCCACCAUAUAUCUACCCUCACCUCCCACCCUACCCUAAACCCUUCCCCAAGCACUAUCCUACCCAGAAGAAUUACCCCACUGGGCCAGAGGACACGCUCAGUAACGAGCUGAUGGAUGUAGGGAGGAAGUGGGAAAAGCUGCGCGGUCACAAAAGCGUGACAGCCUGGAAGAAACUGGGAAGCCCUGACAAGUGUGUGGUCCAGACUACCAAGUGGUCUCCGUGCUCUCGGAGCUGUGGUAUGGGAGUGUCGUCCCGCGUCACCAACCAGAACGCUCAGUGCAAGCUGGUGAAGGAGACGCGCCUGUGCACCAUCAGACCCUGCAGCUCCAUGGCCGUGCCUGUGAAGAAAGGGAGGAAAUGUUCUCGCACGCAGAAGUCUCCCGAGCCGUUACGUCUCCACUACGCAGGCUGCCGCAGCACCCGUCUCUACCGGCCCAACUACUGUGGCGUGUGUCGCGACGGCCGCUGCUGCUCUCCACGCCGCACUCGCACCUCGUCCGUGGUGUUCUCCUGCCCCGACGGCGAGCGCUUCGAGAAACCCGUCAUGUUCAUCCAGUCCUGCAAGUGCAGCGACCAGUGCGAUCACCUGAACGAAGCCUCGCUCCCGCCGCAGCGCUGGCUCUAUGGAGACACGCACAAGUUCAUAGACUAGCCGCCUGGCCUACGCCCGACUCCGCCCCUUCCUUUUCCCCCAGCCAAUCCCCGAUAGAGUAGACGCUCGUCUCAGGAGCAGAUGUCAAACCGGCGACCCCAGACGACGGCGUGGACGAGCGGACGAGAGCGGCCUGGAGCAUUUAGUCUAGCCAACUUGUAGUGUACACUUUCUAGUUUAUUCCAUCGUAGAUGUGCUGAGAAUCACUGAAGAAACCUGCAGGAGGAGAAAAGGUUAUGAUCUUAUGAAGAAGACGUUUCAUAUAAACAAACGCACCCUGACUGAGAAGGGCUGCUGGACUAGUGGACUAGCGUAAGAAUGUGUGAUUAGGGUCGGACCUGUAAGAAGUGAAUCCUUUCAAAUCUGCACAGAGGGAAAUGUGCUUCAGGAGGGUUUUCCAUUUGCCCCAGACAGAAAAAAACAGACAGAUGAGAGGAUGGGAUGAGCUUAUAAACUCUCACAGCUUUUUUUUAUACGCAGCUAUUAUUAUUAUAAUAACGAUAUGAUGGUAUUUAUUGUGUGUAAGAUAAACGUCUCACGUUUGCCACAGCUCUCACUUCACGUGACGAUGGGAAACAUGAUGGAUUCCUGGACUGGAAACAGACGUGUUUGCCCGGGAUAGAAGAAUGUGGCUUUAUUCCACAUGAACUUGACUUUGGCCCUGAUUCUCAGUGCCAGAGAUUUGUCUUUAUUUGAAUUUGAGGAUCCAAGAAAAGAAAAAGAAACGCUCGCCAAGUGCCCCGGCGUUCUGGCGUCCAUGCGUCGAGUCGCUGACUCGGUGCAAAUUACAAUCCUGGGAGCAGCAGCCCCUCUGGUUUUGCGGUUAUAAAAGAAAACGGUUCAAAAAAUGCCAGCGCAUGAAGUAAACGUGUAAUUUAAAAGUGACGAGCAGGAGCCGCUCCCGAGUCGCUCUGUAAUCUAGUGACGGAUGGCUGAAGCCCAGACGGAUGCCGCUCAUGAUGACGCCGUCUUUAUGACGCCGCGGGUCUCGUUUCUGCCUCCCGGUUCUAACAUGCACGACGCUUCGAGGUGACAUCACCAUCGUUAACGAGACCAAAAACCAUCCAGUACACUCCAUGUGCACACCAGACCCCGUCGGCUCGGCUCGGCUCGGCUAAACGUGUGUCUAUAGUUGUGCGUUUUUAAAUAUGUGCACCAUCACAUUUGAUGCUUUGAACACGUUAUCCAGAUUACACCUUGGUUGGUGUCCACGAAAAUGCUGCUUAUGGCUGCUUUGAUUGUAACCAUAGCAACCAGUGCUAGCUAACCGGUAUCGGCUAACUAAGCAGCCUAGCUUGCAAAUGAGGAUAGAUUCGGAUAGGUUAGGUUAGGAUAGGUCCAGAGGCAGAAAGUUGAGGAUCUGAGCAGCUUGUGCAGUAGAAUUUAAAGAGUGACGUCACUUUAUUACGUGCAGGUGAACAUCUCAAACUUAUACAACACUUCCUUUAAGCUACGUCGCAUUGGUGGAAUGUUUGUAAAAGCCUUGUUUCUCACUGUUUUCCACUUCCAUGUUGUUGUUGUUGUUGUUGUUGUUGUUUUUUUAUAAUAAUCCCCCAAUUUGCAUCCAAACAAAACAGUUGAGCUAGUUACUGAGCUAAUCUUUAACACCACAUCCAACAAAAAACCCUCACUGUCCAUUUUCUAAAGUAUUUGUUGAUGUGUAUUUGUAGCUGUCAGAAUGUUUGUUAAACACUUAAAGAAGACAUGUUUAUAUAAAGUCAUAAACAGUUGGACGGUAAAGGUAGCGGCCAUCUUGGACAAGCAGAAUCCGCCAUGAACAGGUUUGAGAAAGCUGGAUGCAAUGCUGUUCUGUGAUCUGAAACGUGUAAAUGUAGAUUAUCUCUGCAUGUAAAGAUGAGGGGUGUGUUAAUGGGAGACCUGUUGAGUGAUGCUGCAUUCACACGUACAGUGGCUCAUAGCGACCGGAUAGCGUCCAUUUACGAGAGCUGCAGACUUCCGGCUACAUGAGCGAGCGUCUGCGACUAGACGUGGGCGUGUCCACAUCGGCGACGUAACAAUGUCCAGAGAAAUUGAAGUUUAUGCAAAUACGGAGUGACUCGCUGCACCAAUGGGAGAGAAGACAGACUCCUCCCUCAUUUUGUUUGAAAUGAUGCUGAUAAACAGUGCUGACACCAAAUCUUCCCCCGGAAUGUUCCAUUUUAGCCACAAGAAAACGUCUUGAUUUGACGUCAAGUGUGUAAUGCUAGUUGCUCCACCUGCCGAGAAACGUUGUUACUAUGGCAACCAGUAGCCGGUGACUCCAUAGUACAAAGACUGGAGACUCACAGAGAGAGAAUGAGUGUAUGUGUGAACGCAGCACGAGGCGAUGAACACUGCACAGUAACGCCUGUUAAACCUCGCUGGUGGAAGUGUGUACAUGUGAUUUUUCCGAAUCCGAAUGUUCCUCUAAAGCAGCUAGAGUGUGUUUAGUUUGAGUAAAGCUGGUCUGUUCAUUUGCACUGUGGUUUGGGUUUUUUCUCAUUGUCGAAUGAUGUACAUCUGAGAAAGCUUCUUUUUAUAUCUACAGACCGAUCAGGCAUAAAAUUAUGACCACAUGCAUAAUAUCGUGUUGGUGCUGCCAAAACAGUCCUGACCCGUCCUGCACUGUGUAUUCUGACCCCUUUCUCUCAGAACCAGCAUUAACUUCAGUAGUUUGAGCAACAGUAGCUCGUCUGUUGGAUCGGAUCACACAGGUCAGCCUUCACUCCCCACGUCCACCAAUGAGCCUUGACCGCCCAUGACCCUGUCACCGGUUCACCACUGUUCCUUCCUUGGACCACUUUUGAGAGAUACUGUCCACUGCAGACCGGGAACACCCCACAAGAGCUGCAGUUUUGGAGAUGCUCUGAUCCAGUGGUCUAGCCAUCACAAUUUGUCCCUUCAUCAAACUCAAAGCUCAAAUCCUUACACUUGUCCCUGUUUCCAAAAUGUUCACUUGCUGCCUGAUAUAUCCCACCCACUAACAGGUGCCAUGAUGAGGAGAUCAUCAGUCUUAUUCACGGCACCUGGAACUGGUCAUAAUGUUAUGCCUGAUCAGUGUAUAAUAAUAUCGGCUGUCUGUAAAGUGCUUCUGAUGCCCAGUGCUGGACAUCUAGAGAGUUUGGUUUCCUCUUCAUAACUCUAUUCAUAUAAUUAAUAUUAAUAAUAGUAUAGACAAUCAUACAGUUCAGAAUCUAAUGCUCCUGUAGUUAUUUAGUUUUGAGUAACUGAAAUGUCCACAAAAAUACAUCCUGUCUCUAUACACACACACACACACCAGCUAUCUGUUUAACCACUCCUCUCUGAUUAAAUAGUCUGUAGAAAAUAAAAACACACCAGAUGGCAGAAACUUAACACAAUACUCACGUCUGAUUUUAGGCUUCGUUACGUUUCUUUCACUCCAUUUUAAGACUCCACUCUCUCCUCAGUCACAGCGUUGUAAACAUCGACGAUCACAUCUUCAGGGGAGACGAUCUCACUAUACCUGAUCUGUAACCUACCCCCUUGCUAUGUUUGUAUUUAGCUCUCUGCAUGUGAGGAACAAAGCUGUUUAACCCUAGGGAAUGUUUUUGCACAUGUUUCUUUAGUGAAAUAGAUGCUAACACAGACUUUUUCCUUUUACGUUCGUAAGUCUUUCAUUUCGUUUCACUUUCAGACUCUCAGUAAAUGUCAAGAGUUCACGCUUUUCUCCUUCAACCUGAUAGGAGAAUUUGAAACCUUAGCUAUUCAUUAGAAAACCUAUUUAGAUGAGUAAAAUAUAGGAUUAAUUAUGAAAAUAAAAUACAUUUAUUCUUUUAUAACCCCACCCCCCUUUUUAGGACACACACCUGCUACACAAAGUGUGUGUGCAGUAAAUCCAUUUUAAUGAGAUCUGCAUCUGUUCCUUAAUGAAGCCUUUUAAUCUGGUGAGAGAUCUAGAACACUAUUUUCCUAUUAGGCAGUUGUUGGUUUAGUGAGAAUAAAGAUCACACACGGGGGUAAAUAUAGAGAGCCUUAUUAUUAUUAUGAGCUGAAGAGCAUCCUGCCCUCUUCCACCUGCUGCUCCGAAAGUAUUAUGGUGACUGGAGAAAAGUUUCAUACAGACGCUUUAAUCUUAAACUCCAGUAGGUGUAAUUUGGGGACAUGCUGCUGAAGGAAAGCUGCAGAACUUUUCACUCUUUUCCUAAAGUGAUUUGUUUCUCUUAUAACCCAGGAUCUUUUGCAAACAUUUUUUGUAAUUAAACCAAAAAUAGUGGUUAAGGCUCUGGGUUGUUGAUCAGAAGAUCAGGGUUCAAGCCCCAGCACCACCAAGCUGCCACUGUUAGGCCCCUAACCCACCCUGCUCCAGGGGAGCUGCAUCACGGUUGACCCUGCGCUCUGACCCCAACCCCACAAGGACGGGACAUGAGAAGUAAUGUAUAUGUGACUUAAAUAAUAAAGAAAUUAUACUUAUUAUCCAUUUCUUGUUAGUUACAUGAGCCGUUACCAUAGAAACCAUAACGAGAUCGUUAACACAAUCCUGCACUGCCAUUUUAGAGAACUCAUUCACACCUGACCAAUCAGAACCCAGAAUUCAUGAGAAAUGUCUUAUCUCUCACGCCAGCUUUCAUUAAGGGUCCAAAUGACAAACUGGAGCUUAAACUUCUUUCUCCAAAUAAUGUUUAUUUUAUGCUAACUUUACAGCAAAAAAAAAAAAAAAAAAAAGCAACUGGAGCAUCAUGGAGAUCUUUUUAACCAUAAAACUAGGUCACAGUGACCUUCAGGAAGUCACUAAAGCACCGCUGGUGUUAAUACAGAGGCAAUCAAAACAGCAACAAGAUGAUCGACGGGAACUGUAUAAAAAGUUUUAAUUCCUUUAAAACAAAACAGUUGACUUGGGACAAAAAUGCAGACAUCUUU